AUGGAAAAAAUUCCUGAAUUCUUAAAGAACAACGAUCACUACUUGAAAUCAUGUAUCCUCUAUGAAGUACUCCAGAAGAAGCCAAUCUUUGAUUCCUAUCGAACUUUCUGUAAUACUGUAGGGCAGGAUGCCAUGGAGUAUCGAGAUUUCGAAUUCAGGUAUCAUCGGUUUGGUCGGGGAGAGCUGGAUUUUGACUACGCUCGGAGUUUAGAUCCAGUGCCGAAGACGCUAAUGGAUAUGCCAGCCAAUCUGAUGCAAAAAAUUACAAAAGACCUGGAUCCGUUUGAGAGAAGUUACCUGCGAUUAAUGAACCACGGUCUCAAAAGUUUCAUCGAUUCGUUUCCAACAGUUUUUAAGAGGCACAUCUAUAUUGAUGUAUUAGAUAAGGAACUGGUAUUGAGAUUGAACGGAAAAAAAUACGGAUUCGAAAAAGAAGGAGACGGCUGCAAGUUCUCAACGCCAAAAAAUGACUGGAGAUUCGAAAAAAGCGAAAAAUCCUAUAUACAAAAGGGCCUUGAAUACUUGACUCUAGUAUUCAAAAUUCCCAAUCUUCAAACGGAUCUUCUUUGGUGGGGUGUGACGGAUCAAACGUCAGAGCUCGAUGACCUUCUGCCCGUCCCGUUUUUUGCAAAGAGUGCUUUUAUUGUGGUUUAUAAUUUCGACAAAAUGGUUCGACUUUUGACCAGUUUGAAGCCUGGACACCUCGAAGAGUUCAAAUUACAUUUCAAGGAGCCAAUCGGAAAAGAACACUUUACGAGAGUUUUCGAAACCGAACAAUUCAAACAGGCGGAAAGUGUAGAAAUUCACCGGAUUGUGGUAUUCGAUUUGGAGGAUUUAGUUAGUUUCAGUCAUUUGAAAAGCUUCACAUGCGGCCUGACGAGUAUCACCGAACCAGAGGAGAUUCUACAGAUUCGAGAUACCAUUUCCACAUUCAAAGAUAUCGAGUGGUGUAAGAUAAGCUAUCGCAGAAACGGAACACCGAUAGGACUGUUGGCUGAGGUACUGGAAGAAGAAGUUCCAGAAGGGCCACUGGAAAGUUUCACUCAUCGUUAUGAGAACCCCGAAUCCAAGAAAACUCUAGAAUUUAAGAUUCAAGAGAAGAGAGAGUAUUGUGACAUCGACAUUCGUAAAAUUCUAUAA